AUGACAACAGCGGUGAACCCAGCCGACCUCUCCGCUUCAGUGUCCCGCCACCACGUUGAACCUGGAGAACUAGGGACGAUGCUGAAACGGUCUCUUCGCUGCUCUGUGCCACCGGACGCCGUGGAAAUGCAAGGUCGACAUGGCAUGGCCAACUGGAGCUUCCACGUCGUUGUCGUCGCAGUGAAGUCUUUUGCAGCAAUGCUUCAUGAAGUAAGCCGAUGGCAUUCUAUAUUGAUGCCACCAGCGUCCCCGAGGCUGACUGCAUGCUGUGGGCGUGAAACGGGCAGUAAGUAA